ACUGCUGGGACAGGGCUGCCCCAGAUACCAACGGGGCUGGGCCAGGGGCGCAAACGGGCACAGGGGAUGGAGCCAUGGAGAGGACAUCCUUACACAACGACAGCCUGCUCUAUGCCUCCCUGAUUGCCAUUCUCCUCCUCAUCUCCUAUUGGUUCACUACCCGCUGCUUCAAAAUCAUCAGUGGCAUCGAAGACAGCGUUGAGGAUGAGUUUGAGCUCUCCACCGUCUGCCACCGCCCUGAGGGGCUGGAGCAGCUCCAGGAGCAGACCAAGUUCACCCGCAAAGAGCUACAGGUCCUGUACCGAGGCUUCAAGAACGAGUGCCCGAGUGGCAUCGUCAAUGAAGAAAACUUCAAGCAGAUCUAUUCACAGUUCUUCCCACAGGGAGACUCCAGCACGUAUGCCACCUUCCUCUUCAAUGCCUUUGACACCGACCAUGAUGGCUCUGUCAGCUUCGAGGACUUUGUGUCUGGGCUGUCCAUCAUCCUGCGGGGCACCAUUGAUGAUCGCCUGAACUGGGCCUUCAAUCUCUAUGACCUGAACAAAGAUGGCUGCAUCACCAAAGAGGAAAUGCUGGACAUCAUGAAGUCCAUCUAUGACAUGAUGGGCAAAUACACAUACCCGGCCAUGCGGGAGGAAGCGCCCCGGGAGCAUGUGGAGAACUUCUUCCAGAAAAUGGACCGAAACAAGGAUGGUGUGGUGACAAUUGAGGAGUUUUUAGAGUCCUGCCAGAAGGACGAGAACAUCAUGCGGUCCAUGCAGCUCUUUGACAACGUGAUUUAGCUCCCGGAACUGCCUCCAGCUGAGCUCUCCUGCCACCAGGCCCAGAACCUGCUUCUCUCUUGACUUUUCCUUUGAGCUUGCCCUCUGCCGGCUGCACAGACACCCCCGCGGGAAGGGGCCUCCCGUCCUGCAGAUGCAGUCAGCACCAGGAUCUCCCCUCUGGGCCAGCUCCAUUUUCCUCGGGGAUCCCAAGCAGGUGCUCCUGGAUGUUGGAGCAUGGGCACGGCUGGCACGGGGCGAGCGUUUGGCCCCGAUGGACCUCCCUGCACCUGUUCCUGGCGGGGAAGCUGCAGCCUCGGGCUGCAACAGAGGCUUCCCCCAUGCACAGCACCCCGUGCAGCCACGGCUCCCCCACCCCUGGCCCUCCCCAGCCUCUGGAGCCUGCAGCACCAGCUCCAGCCCAAACCCUCCAGCAAUGCUGUCUGUCUAUAAACUAAUAAAGUCUUGCAACAGGCACCAGCACUUCGGCUUCCUCCCCUGCCCUGGCCAUGUCCUGCCUUGGGGAGUGUGACCAGCAUGUCAGCCAGGAGCUGACAGCCGCUCUCCUUACCCAGCCCCUGGGCUGGUGGGUGGGCAGAAGGGCUGUGCCUGGAGAACGUAGCUGCACAGGGUUCAUUGCUGCAUGAGGUGUGGGGAGCAGCACCUGACCCCAGAGGGACUGGUUAGACCUAGGAGGGCUCAGUCUGAUGUGGAGAGAAGGGAUACUGAAGGGACCCCGAGGUGCCUUCUUGUGGCACUGGUCCCCAGGAUUGGAGGAUGCUGGGCUGGGAGAGUUGCAACCUCAGCCCCUGUCCUUGAGUUCAGGUUGCUGGCACACAGGGGACCUUGGGGACCCACUUUGAGGCUUCAAUGGAGAGAUACCCUUCCGACUGCUCCCCACGGACACAGCGGCCCAGGUAUGGGGACACAUGGAAGAGGGAGGUGUGCUGGGCUCUGGCAGCCACCCUGGCCCUUGGGCCUCACAGCCAUGCUCCUGACAUUGCUGCUGAUCUUCCCCAGGUCCAUCCCAGGCUACCUGCUGCCCUGGGGAGCAGGGGAGUAAGCGAUGUGGCAAGGCAGAGCCCUCUGCUGGGGGCACAGCUGAGCUGGCAGCUCUUUGGGUAGAAAGACAAGGCUAGGGCUGGCCAGGGUCACCUGGGGCAGGGUGGGCUCAGCCCCUUCUCCUGGCAUGGCCAUGUGAGAGACUCUGCCUGGGACCCCAGGAAUGGAGCCAGCACCCUGGGGCUCCCCACAUCUUUCUUGCCACCAGCUCCUCAGAGCUGGAUGUGUGUGGGCAGGCCUGUGCUGCCUGCAUACCCCCCUGAGUUGUAGCUGGGACAGUGAUGCCCCCGGGCUGAUGACCUCAUGCCAACUGCAGAAGCCCCUCUGUGCAAUCCCACAGGCAUUGGGGAUGGAUGCAGCCCCCAGCUCUGCUGCUCCAGCCUCUGCAUCCUUAGCAGCCAAGGGCAAUCGGGGCUGGUCUGAGCUGUUGUGUCUGGGGUCAGUGGGAAAAGGGUGAGCAAGACUGCUACCCAUGCUGGGUCAGGCCCCAGAUCCAGGCUGAGUCCCUGGUGUCAGAGACAUUAGAAGCUCCCACCAGAGCCCCAGGCCAAAGCUAUGGGGCUGCUCCCCAGCAGGACUGUCCCUGGCCUGGCCUUUGCAGAUGUGAUGUGUUUUUUAAGGUUCAUUCCACACAUUAUUCAUCUCACAGUCCUGUUCCUGGGUUUGCCGUGAGGCUGAGCAGGCAGGUAUCCUGACCUUAUCCCUCCCAUCUCCUUCUUUCCACUUUCCCUCCUCCCAGGCUCUCUGGGGCAUCCACCUUACCCCUCCACAUGGAGCAGAUGCUGCCUCCUCCCUCACGCUGCAGGUUGCAUGGCGUGACCCCCGCCCCAGGGCAUGGUGACCCACAACCCGCUUGGCAUCUCCAGUCUGUAUAUUUUGUAUUAUAACAAUAAUAUGGGUUAAAACCAAACAACAACAAAAACCAACAACAAAAAAACAAUAAAAUCUAACCACAAUCGCUAUGCA